GAUCACAGCGGGACACGGCUGCUCUAGGUGGACUUCGUCCCGAGAGAGGCUGAUUGUGGGAGAUGGAGGAAAAGACCAAAGAGGAGAAGUCGCAUAUAGACAGCAGUGACGUCAAAGCCCCUCCUAAACAGCGCCUGACAGUGUGUUUGAUCAGCGCUGCAUUCUUCGGGUCUGUAGGAUCGUCGUUCCUGUACGGAUAUAACCUGUCAGUGGUCAACGCUCCGGCCAGUUUCAUAAAGAGCUUCUACAACCGCACGUGGCUGGUCCGCUAUGGCGAGCCGCUGGGAGAGGAGGCGGUGACAGUGCUGUGGUCCGUCACGGUGUCGGUGUUUGCCAUCGGGGGCCUGAUGGGGGCGCUCACGGUCUCCUUCCUCAUCAAGGCCCUGGGCAGGAAAGGAACUCUUCUGGCCAAUAAUGCUCUGGCUGUGAUCGCUGCGCUCCUAUUGGCUCUGGGAGAGACGGCCGGAUCCUUCGAGAUGCUCAUCAUUGGUCGGUUUAUCAUCGGCAUGGAUUCAGGCGUGGCUCUCAGUGUGUUGCCCAUGUAUCUGGGGGAGAUCUCUCCUCGGCAGGUCCGCGGCUCCAUCGGGCAGUUCCACGCCAUCUUCAUCUGUCUGGGGGUCUUCGUGGGGCAGGUGCUCGGACUGCCCGAGAUAUUUGGACAGAAAACCAGGUGGCACUUCCUGUUUGCUUUCUUGGCGUUUCCUGCCCUUCUGCAACUGUGUGUUCUGCCGUUUCUGCCCGAGAGCCCCAGAUUCCUACUGAUGGAGCGCCGGGAUGAGGUGGCAGCGGAGAAAGCAUUCCAGGCGUUCCUGGGCCGCACAGAUGUGAGUCGCGAGCUGGACGAGGUUCACGCUGAGAGUCGCGCUCAGAACACACAGCGGACGGCGUCUGUGCUGGAGUUGUUCCGGAAGCGUUCGCUCCGCUGGCAGCUGAUCACUGUGGUCGUGGUCAUGAGCUGCUAUCAGCUCUGCGGACUCAACGCCAUCUGGUAUUACACUAACGGGAUCUUCGAGAAGGCCGGGUUCGAGAAGGCUCUGAUUCCCUACAUCACUCUCAGCACCGGUGGCAUCGAGACGCUGGCCGCCAUCAUAUCUGGUUUAGUGAUCGAGAAAAUCGGUCGGAGGCCGUUAUUAAUCUUUGGUUUCUCAGCGAUGGCCGUUUUCUUCAGUCUGCUCACGGUCUUCCUGCAUUUUCAGGACAGUUUCUCAUGGAUGCCGUAUCUCAGCUUCACCUCCAUUCUGCUUCUGAUUGCUUCCUUCUGUUCCGGUCCAGGUGGUGUCCCGUUCGUGUUGACGGGGGAGCUGUUUGAGCAGUCGUAUCGUCCGGCGGCGUUCAUGGUUGCUGGCACCGUCAACUGGCUCUCGAACUUCGCAGUGGGACUCCUGUUCCCCUUCAUACAGGAGGCGCUGCAGACGUUUGCGUUCCUGCUGUUCGUGGUGGUGUGUGCCGCCGGUGCCGUUUACCUGCUCGUCGUUCUGCCGGAGACCAAAAACAAGACCUUCGUGGAGAUCAGCCAGAGUUUCUCCAAGAUCAACGGAGUCGCGGAUCAGGGCCAUGAGCGAGAGAUGCAGGACGUGCUGGAACACACAGACGUCAACGGACUCCAGUGUGGAGGAGACGUGGAGAUGGAGAGCUGCUUCUGAAACACCUACACCUUCCCAUGACGGAUGAUCAGCUCGUUUAUACGAGUGUGUGUGUGUGUGUGUGUGUG